AUGGGAAAGGGAACCGACAAGCUCUAUAUCACGCAUAGCGAAUGGUCAUCUGAAGAUGCAUUCUCAGCGAGCGCCGGAGCGAACGCGCGGAAGGCAGCGAACGCAGGCGCGGGCGCCAACUUCAAGCGACUCCCAUUCAACUUCUGUGCCGCAUCUCUUCAGCCAUUCGAACAUCCAGUCUGUGCUGUGGACGGCACCAUCUUCGACUUGACAAAUAUUCUGCCCUGGAUUAAAAAGCACGGGACAAACCCAGUGAACGGACAACCACUGAAAAGCGCCGACCUGAUCAAGCUCAACUUUGCGAAGAACGAUGAAGGCGAAUAUGUCGACCCUGUCACGUUCAAGGUCAUUACGGACAACACCCAUCUUGUCGCAUUACGAAACACCGGAAACGUCUUUGCCUACGAUACUGUCGAGCGCCUCAACAUCAAGGCCAAGAACUGGCAAGAUCUGGUCUCGGACGAGAAAUUUCAGCGUAGCGAUAUCAUCACUUUACAGGAUCCGCAAAAUGUCGAAUCGAGGAAUUUAAGUCAUUUCAAAUACAUUCAGGAAGGCGCUAGUACUUCGACUCCAGAGCAAGAAGCAGAGCGAAGUGCCGGUGUUAACAAUCAAAAUCUGGGAUCCGCGGCGAAGAUUCUCAAAGCGAAGGAGGCUGUUGCAAAGGCUCGCGCAGAGCGCGAGAGAUGUGCAAAUGGUAGCAACGGGUCUACUGAAGCACAAGCGUUGGCGAAGGCCAAGAAAGCGCACGCAGAAGUAGCGAAGUCUUCACGAGCCACAAAACCUACUCCGUAUAACGCUGCACAAUACACAACAGGCCAAGCAGCAGCUUCAUUCACAAGUACUGGCUUGACUCCUUCGACAUCGACAGAAAGGGCGAUCAUGAGCGAUGAGGAGUACAUGCUAAAGCCGAAGAGAGUGAAGCAGAAAGGCUAUGUACGAUUAUCUACUAACCUUGGCGAUAUGAACAUUGAACUCUACCCUGAGUACGCGCCAAAGGCCGUCUGGAACUUCAUUCAGCUGGCAAAACGCGGAUACUACAAAGGCGUUUCAUUUCAUCGCAAUAUCAAGAACUUCAUGAUUCAAGGGGGAGAUCCAUCUGGUACGGGACGUGGUGGUCAGUCGUGCUGGGGCAAGUCUUUCUCUGACGAAUUCGAGGGCCCGCUCACGCACGACGGCAGAGGUGUUCUGUCGAUGGCAAACAAGGGCAAAGACACCAACACGAGCCAAUUCUUCAUUCUCUACCGAGCGGCGGCUCAUCUGAACCGCAAGCAUACCAUCUUUGGGCGCGUUGUUGAAGGACUGGAGACGCUGGACCGGCUAGAAAAGGUGUCCGUGGACGAGAAAAGCCGACCGACAGAGGACUGCGUCUUGGAGGACCUGGCUGUGUUGAUCGAUCCGUUUGAAGACUUCCUCAAGCAGAGGUCGGAGAAGGAAGCGGAAGAGGCUCGCCGGGAGCAAUUGAAGCGAGAAGGCGGUGCCGAGGACGAUCGGACGACUUGGACUGGUAAGCGAAUACGAGCAGGUGGAAAGGUGGAAGGCGAGAGCGUUUCCAGUGAUAUUGGCAAGUACCUCAAGCAAGCUGCGACUAAGCCAACAGAGCAAGACGAGAUUGUGGGAGAGUGGGACGACACUGAGCCUCCGCCCAUGAAGAAGACAAAGAAGGGCGGUGGAUUUGGCAACUUUGACGCUUGGUGA